AAGCGAGUUUACGGUAAUGCGUGUUCACUGUGUUGUGGUUGGGUGAGUGUUGGAGGCAUGGAGGCGAUACUGAACUGCAGAACGGAGGAUUUGGAGGAUUAUUACGGGCUGCUCGGCUGCGAUGAACUGUCAACGCCUGAACAGAUUGUCAACGAGUUUAAAGUGAGAGCCCUGGCCUGCCAUCCUGACAAGCAUCCAGAGAACCCUAACGCAGUGGAGGAGUUCCAGAAGUUACAUGAGGCUAAAGAGAUCCUCACAGAUGAGAAGAAAAGAAAGUGUUAUGAUCUCUGGCUCAGAAGUCGAAUCACAAUCCCAUUCAGCCAAUGGCAAGCGCUCAGCGACUCGGUCAAAACUUCGAUGCAUUGGGCCGUGAGGAUGAAGAAAGAGCCGAUGCUCGAGGACACGGAUCGUCCAGUGAACUCGAGGAGUGAAGGCGCAGUGGAGGAGAAACCCUCUGGAGCAGCACUGCCGUCAGGCGAGUGCCGGCACCACAGGUUUCGCUGGGCUGGUGAAGCUCCCUCAGGCCUUUUACUGAAGUUCAGGAACUAUGAAAUAUAAUGCAGAGUUUCUGCGCUUCUGUUCUUUGCUUCCGUGUGAGUGCCUGUAUCAUGCAUAGAGAGUCAGAACUGACCAAUCAUCAACUGUGUUUCACCUUAACAUUGACUUGAUUCGGUUGUUUGUUUUGUAGGAUGAUAAUACAUGUUGAAAUUAGUGAUCAUCGUAUGC